GUGGCUAAGGAUAAAUGUGCAUUUAAUUACAUAAUUGACAUUCGUUUGUUUUACAAUGGUAACACUAAUGCACUGCUUCUGUACCGUCUACACCAAUCAGAAAUCUCAAUUUUAAAAUACAUAUUGAGCAUGCGCGAAAAUGCUCCGAAAUUCGAGUUUCUCCAAAAUCGUCUUAGAGAUUCUUUGGCUUAGGUACCACAAUUGGCGCGCUUAUAAAUCUCGUAAAAAGCGCUAAGCAAGGCGCCUUGAAUAAGUGGGCGAUUCUGCAUCUAACUCCCCUAGGGAAAUCCACUCAAAAUAGUAGACUCCAUUUAUCUUGCACAUUACGCGAAUGAACCUAUGACGCUAAGUUAUCACUUGGAGAAAAAAUUAUUUAUAUCUUCAUAUAAACCAGAAAAUCUCGUAACUUCUACGUUUCUUCUCGUGAAGAUCUGCGCGCAACGAAUUCCAUUGUUUCAUACUUAUUACGUAUGUAUUUUAAGCUUGAUUUUAUUCUAUGAAUUACUGCAGGUGUAAACCUUUUGUGCAAGUGUCUAUUUAAAAACUAUCAUACGAGUUCUUAACUAUAAGGGGCUUCUUUCCCAAAGCGCCAACGGGUUCGUUGUGUAAGAAAACCCCAAAUAUUGAAGACUGAUUGUGUUAUAAAGCUAAGCUCUAAGACACAUUGUGUACAGUGAAAUACGGAACGCUUUUACCAUUUUCAAACAACCUUCUUAAAAAUACGUUGUGCGUGAUGUAUACACUGCCUAACAACUUUAGAAUAUUCGUAAUGGUAAAUUUAAUAAUUGCAUACAUUGAUAAGUAAAGAUGUAUGCAUGCUCCACCAAGAAAUAAUGUAUAUGUGAUACAUAGCAGAUUUUUUUUUUUUUUUUUUUUAAUGAAAUGUUGUGUAAAUUCUGGCAUGUCUAUAUCACAGUAGAUGUGUUGCAUACCCAUUAUGUGUUAAUAUUUUUGUAAAGAUAACAAGAUGUAUAAGGUAGGGUACAACGAAAGCUAGUGUGAAGAAGCCAAGAAUUAUAUUGAAUAAAAUUUCUUGUUAGCGAGACCAUGUAACAUAUGUGCAGAACAUAAGAGUUUUUGUGAGAUAUGUGGAAAGUUAUAUGAUAUCAAGACUGCUUAUCUCUGUAGGGAUGAAACUAUGAAAAAUUCAUUUAUAAAAAAGAAAUAUUUUAAAAGAGCUGAUGAAUAUCCACCCAGGACAGAACCUCGUGUGUGAGGAACGUAAUUUUUAAUUUAAAUUAAAACAGCAUAUGUUUAUCCACACAGGAGUAAGUAUGUUAUGUAUGUGGCAUGUCAUUCAUGUAUAAGAGUACUUUAAGCAAACAUAUCUUUAUUCACACUAAAAUGGAACCAUAUGUCUGUGAAGUAUGUAACAAAUUGUUUAAAUUAAAAGAGCAAUUGAAUAUCCAUAUGCAUACCCAUACUGGAGCGAAGCCUUAUGUUUGUGGUGUAUGCAACAAGACAUUUAGACUAAAACGAGUUUUAAAUGUGCAUAUGACUAUUCACACAGGUGAGAAACCUCAUGUUUGUGAUGUUUGUAAUAAGUCAUUUAGGCAAAAGUGUGAAUUAACCCGCCAUAUCCUUAUUCAUACAGGAGAGAAACCUUAUUCGUGUGAAGUAUGUCAAAUGUCAUUUAGAGUAAAGUAUGGUUUGAACUCGCAUAUGCUUAUUCAUACAGGAGAAAAAUCUCAUGUGUGUGAUGUAUGUAGUAAGUCGUUCAAACGAAAGGACAGUUUAACGAAACAUAAGAUACUUCACACAGGAGAGGAACCUUAUUUGUGUCAAAUAUGUAAUAAUUCAUUUAAACGCAAGCGUACUUUAAACAGGCAUAUGCUUCGUCAUACAGGAGAGAAACCUUAUGUGUGCAAUAUUUGUAAUCAUUCAUUUAUUCUAAAGCGUAAUUUAAAAAACCAUAUGCUUAUUCACACAGGAGAGAAGCCUUAUUCUUGUGAAGUAUGUAACAAAUCCUUUGGAGUAGAAGCUUAUGUAAAACUCCAUAUGCGUAUCCACACAGGAGAGAAACCUUAUGUGUGUGAUGUAUGUAAUAAGUCAUUUCCAUAUAAGAAUGCUUUGAAGAAACAUAAGCUACUUCACACAGGAGAGAAACCUUAUUUGUGUGAAGUAUGUCAAAAGUCGUUUAGAGAGCAAUGUGCUUUAAAGAAGCAUAUGCUUAUUCAUACAGGAGAGAAACCUCAUGUAUGCGAGGUGUGCAACAAAGCAUUUACACAAACGGGUUCUUUAAAGUUACACAUGCUUGUGCACAUUAAAGAUAAAACUCAGGUAUGAGGCGGGGCUGUGGAGUCGGUUGGGAAAAUGACAGACUUUGGAAUUUUAAAGGUUCCGACUCCCUC